AUGAACAAAGGACUAUCUUACGGACUGAACGUGAAAAAAAAGCCAGGCUCAAAACCUGGCCCGCCAAAUCGCAAACCCGUCUUUGGAGACGAUGACGGUUCCGAUGAUGAUGCGCAGAAUCCCGGCGCUCAGGAGGAAGAGAUCACAGAACUCGACGACUUCCCGAUAGGCGCGUCGGACGCUUCUCGUCAAAAGAAGCAAGGGCUUGGAAAGCCACGGCCUGGUGGCCCGCCCUCACAGCCACCAAAGAGCAAGCACAAGGCGCAAGCGCUCGGCGACCUCUCGAGCGCGCUCUCGUCGCGCAAAUAUGCCGAGGAGGCGGAGAAGCUCGACCCUUCGAUAUACGACUACGACGCUUCCUACGACUCCUUCAAGCCCGUCAAGCGGGCCGCCAAGGCGGAUCCGGACCGCAAGCCCCAGUACAUGAGCAACCUGAAGAAGAUGGCCGAGGUGCGGGAACGGGACCGGAAGAUCGCCGAGGACAAGAAGAUGCAGCGCGACAGGGAGGCCGAGGGCGACGAAUAUGCCGACAAGGAAAAGUUCGUCACCGAGGCAUACAAGAAGCAGCAAGAAGAAAAUCGACGGCUCGAGGAAGAGGAGCGCAGGAGGGAGGAGGAGGAGGCGAAAAACAACCGAUCCGGCGGCAUGACGGGGUUCUACAAACAAUUGCUCGACAGGGGCGACGAGAGGCACGCUGAGAUCAUGAAAGCAGCAGAGGAUCGUCAGAAGGACGGGCCCACAGAGGGCGACGGUACUGCCGACGAUGAUGCGGAUGAUGGGAAGAAAGAAGCCGAGAUGGCCAGGGAAAUAAACGACAAGGGUGGCUCGGUAGCGAUCAACGAGGAAGGCCAAGUUGUGGACAAGAGACAACUCCUCAAGAGCGGACUCAACGUCGGCGCAAAGAAGAAAGCAGAGGUGCAGAGGGAGGCGAGCCGGGAUGCAGGGCGGACCGGCCCUCGGGAUGGAAGUCAAGGUGUGUUUUCUGGGAGCAAGCAGGCCAUGCGCGACAGGCAGUCUCGCAUGCUCGAAGCCCAGUAUGAGCAGGCUUUGAAGCGCUCUCGCGUCGAAGAAGAGGCCGAGAGGCAAAAGGUGGAGCUGGCUUCGAAGAGCAGGAAGACCGAAUCCGAGAUCUCGAGCGCCAAGGAGAGAUACCUGGCGCGGAAGAGGGCAGAGGCCGAGGCAAAGAAGAAUGGUCUCGCGGAAGGACCCUGA